UUUCUGUCGUGGCAGCAUGAAACUUAAUUGGCUCAAAGAAAAAGACUAAAUAGCCCGGCAUAGAUGGAUAUAUAGAUCGUCUAAGUACAAAAUAUAUAAGCCCCACUUCCACCAGCUAGCUAGUUGCUCUUGCAAAGGACCAAGGAAGAAGAUCCAUCUCUCAAAUUGAUUCGUUCUAGGUGCAACUCGAGCCAGCAAAUCAUGCAACCCAUGGAGGGGGUUCUGGUUGCUUUGGCAUCCUACGGCGCCAACAUGCUCGCCGAGAUGGCCAAAGAUAAGGUGGCAAUGCUGACCAGGGUCUCCGGCGAGAUCGACGAACUUGGAGCCAAGCUCAUGGACCUCAAGAACUUCCUUGCUGACGCUAAUAGGAGGAACAUCAACGACGAGAACAUGCGGGAGUGGGUGGAGGAACUGAAGCGUGCCAUGUGCAACGACGUCACUGACAUCCUCGGCCAGUUUUGGCUUAAGGUCUCGGAGUAGGAUCCAUCCAAGGGUAACCUCAUUUGCACGAGGAAUCCCUUUCACGCAUCACAAAAUUAUUGGAAGUGAACCUCAUUUGCACGAGGAACCCAUUUCUUGUUGGAAAUAACCACUGACAUGUGUGGUCUGUGUCCGGUUCGUACACAGGACAAUCAUCGUAUAGUGGUAGGAUUAAGAUUCGUAGCCGUGUAGGUUAUCUUAUCUAAUGUCCUGACUAUUAUAUAUAGGUAAGCUGUAACCGUGAGAUUGUGAGAUCAAAAGAUCAAAAGCAAUAAAAGUGCAAGGCUCGACAGGAGCCUUUUGGCCAA